AUGGAGAAGGUGGCGGAGGAGCUGCAGGCGAUCUUCCAGGGCUCCGACAGGCCCCCUUCCAUGCAGGACCUGGCCGAGAUGAAGUACCUGGAGCGCGUCAUCAAGGAGACACUGCGCCUCUACCCCAGCGUGCCAAUCAUCGGCCGACACGUUCACGAGGACAUAAAAGUUGGUCAGAAGUUCGCACUGCUGGAGGAGAAGGCGGUUAUAUCGACGCUUCUUCGCCGAUACUCCUUCCGGGCGCUGGACAAGGCGGAGGACCUGAAGCUGGUGAGCGAGCUCAUUUUGCGGCCCAUCCAGGGAGUUCGCGUAGCUGUCCAGCUACGCAAGUCCUAAACACAACUGCCCGCGAUCUGCGCGCUCCCAGCGGCUGCUGGCGACAACGCAUUGGACCCGGGAAGAAGCGGCUCCAUCCUCUUCGAAUGAGAACUGUUUCUUACGUAUUGUUGGGUGACAGUGUGUGUAUGUAGCUGACAAAUUGGACAAAAACUUUAGUGUAGAAACGCAACGAUGCCCAAAGCAUUUGUGAUGUAGGAUAAAAAUACAGUGUUUUAAUAGCUUCCGCUAAUUAAUCUACUGCAAAAUCUCAUGCUUAACAUUUUUAAAAUCUCAAUUUUUCUACUUUUUGAAUGAUC